GGGGUUUGUUCUGGGCGGAUCUUCGCUGCUCCUCUCCACUCCUGCUCUCACUCUCAGUAUUUUAGCAGCACUAUUUCUCUGGCUGCGCACGUGGAGAGAACUCUGGUGCGGCUGCGGUUCCACGCGCGCAAAGCUCCGCUUUAUGACUACUUUUAUCCUGUUAUGUCUCGAGCCCAAUGCUGUCAUCUGCGGCACGUUUCAUCCAUUUUUGCAGAGCCCUUGCGCGGAAGAAGAAACAUUUUGUAAACCAAAAUACUUGCAGAGAAUGACUCCCGCAUAACCUCGGGUCCUGUUGUUGUCUACCCCCACCUUUCUCUCUUUUUCCCCUGUCCCGCGCUCUCCAAGUUGAGUCAUUGCACAUAAGUAUGGUAGAUAAAGGCCCCUUGUUGACUUCUGCCAUUAUUUUUUACCUGUCCAUUGGGGCAGCAAUUUUUCAAGUCCUGGAGGAACCCAAUUGGAAGCUGGCUGCACAGAAUUAUAGUUCCCAGAAGGUUAAAAUACUAAAGGACUAUCCCUGUCUGACGGAAGAUGAUUUGGACAAAAUUUUAGAGGUUGUGUCUGAGGCUGCCGGCCAGGGGGUCACCAUAACUGGCAGCAAGACCUUCAACAACUGGAACUGGCCAAAUGCUGUUAUCUUCGCCGCCACUGUUAUCACUACUAUCGGAUAUGGGAACAUUGCCCCUAAAACGUCAGCAGGCCGUGUAUUUUGCAUCUUCUAUGGUCUGUUUGGAGUGCCUUUGUGUCUUACCUGGAUCAGUGAACUAGGAAAGUUCUUUGGUGGCAGAGCCAAGCACCUGGGCCAGUAUCUAACCAAGAAAGGAUUUUCACUGAGAAAGGCUCAAUUUACCUGCACAGCUAUUUUUCUUCUCUGGGGUGUGCUGGUCCAUUUAGUCCUUCCACCUUUUGUAUUUAUGUCCCAAGAGGGUUGGACAUACAUUGAAGGCUUAUACUUCUCAUUUGUCACCUUGACUACAAUUGGUUUUGGGGACUUGGUUGCAGGUGUGGAGCCAAAUAAAGAAUACCCCACUCUGUACCGUUACUUUGUGGAAGUGUGGAUUUAUCUGGGGUUGGCCUGGCUUUCUUUGUUCUUCAACUGGAAAGUGCGUAUGGUGAUUGAAGCCCACAAGGCACUGAAGAAACGGCGCAAGCUGCGCAAACUAUCUCUGGAUGAGCUACGGCAUUACAAAGAGUCUCACAAGGCUUCCCUUCGUUUGCCCCCCACUCCCAACGAUGUCAACAUCUUUAGCUUCCUGUCCAAGAAGCAGGAAGGCUACAAUGACUUGAUAAAGCAGAUUGGCACUAAAAAAGACGGCAGAAACAAUGGCAGCUCUGGCAAUACAGUCAGUAAAUCCAAAGAGGUGGGUCGUUCCAAGAGUUGCAAUGAUGCUCCCAUCUUUAACGGCCACACCAUCCUCAGUCUGGACCGCUCACCACGCCAAAAGAGACGCUAUAGUUUCAGUGACCGCGUCACUGUUGCAUUUUCAAAGUCAAAGAACUACCUCCUGGGCACAGACAAUGGCUUGCUGCUAACAGAGGACCAUGUAGAGGGAGACCUAGAACUUGACCAGGACCAAAUGUAUGAGAACCAGCUUGACAAGGAUGUCGACCUAGAGAACGGAGGAGUGGGAGAAUGUGGAGGAGGUGGUCGAAGGACAUGGGACUCCAAAGAUUACCAUUCCCUAACAUUCCAAAAUGCAAAUAUUACUUUCAUUGAUGAGGAGAACUUUCUUAGCAAUAACCUAGAGGAAGAGGAUGAUGAUGAUGACGACGACGAUGAUGAUUCUAAAGCAAAACUAUCUAUCACUACAUGUGAUGAAAACAUUGAAACAAACUCCAAGGAGGAGCAAAGCUCUGAAUCUGAAGGGUCUGUGUUCACCAGUGACGGUUCAGAACACAACCACUCUUAUGAGAAACUUGUAGAGGAGUACGCUAAAGAAGAGAAUACAGAAUCUUGAGAUAACAGGGUUUUGAACUGUGUAGUCAACACACAUUGAUCUACUGUUGUUGACUGUGUUAUUAUUGAAGUAUAUGCAUUCUAAUGUGAACCAUUUUAAAGGAUAUCAGAAGUCCCAUUGCACUGUUGGGGGUCUGAUGAUGAAAGACUGCAAAGCCAAGAUCAAAUAUUAAAUGAAUGUUCUGUUCUUAGUGGAGAAAUGAAAAGCCACAUAAUUUUGGCAAUUUUGCAAUUUUAAGAGCUGAGCUUCCUAUAAACUCUUGGAACAAAUGAUCUAGAUCUUGAUGAAUAUGGAGUAUUUAACAUCUGCUCUAUUUAUGCCUUUUAUACAGUUUUAGAAAUUAUACGCAUUCGUUGUAAUAUGCCCAAACCAAUAACUAUUUUCCUUGAGUGCUUGUUUUCCACUCAUAGGCUGAUAAGAAAUUAUAUGUGAAAAUUACUUUGAUUUCACAUUGUUUCUUCUAUACAUAUUCACCAUAUUGGUGUUUUUAUAAUAUUUAUUAAAAUGAAGGACAUGGUAGCUUUUUAUUCAAUGGCUACAUGGGUUUAUAUGUCUCCCAUUGCACAAUUCCACCAACUGAGGACAGUUCAAAGUCCAUUCCAGUGCAGAUUGUCUUUUAAAACCUGAGCCAAACAUUGUCUUUAAAGAAAAUGAAGGGGGUUUAGAGACAAUUCUCCCUCUUUUUUUCUUUUGGUAUUUCAAUUUUUUCUUUUGUGAAGUCCUUGAUAACUUGUUGUGUCUGAGAUUGCUGUUUGUUUUGACUGUAAGCAAUAGAAUUGUGACUGCACUAGAGGUCAUCAGUGAUGCAUAGGCGACAUUUGGAGACCCACAACUAACUGAAAGGAAACUUGGAAAGAAAGUCAUUUACUUUUAUAAACAGAGAAGCAUUUAUGGCAAAAUAUGAAUAUCCAGCCAAAGAGAAAUUCAAAACGGAGAUAUUUUGUCCUUUUUUGUAUAACUCUGUUCCCAGUCUUUCUGACUGCUUUGAAAAAAAAAAAUCUGCUUUGCAAUGAUCCUCCCACUGUGACAUAGACACCUCUCAGUAUACACUCAAACUGGUUUUGUGAACACAUACUUUAUUGUUGUGUUUUGCUGCUGACAGCAUGUCAACUGUCAACCUCUGGCUUUUUGGCCCUCUACCAUGGCAAUGCAUAAUGGGAACAAAAUUUUCAUAGCAACAAUAUUCUCACUUUUUGUCUCUUUUAGCACCCUUUAACUUCAUUGUAUUUGCCAUGUAAAUAUUGGCUCAAAGCCCACCAGUAGCCACAAACACAGCUCUGCUCAGGACAUGGCCUUGCUACUCGUGUUUGCCUUUGGGGGCUUGCACUGGCAUGAAUGACUGAAGUACCGCUUAUGACAGCCAGCCCAAGGUUAACAUGCAACAGAUCAAUGCUCUCUUGACGUAUGCUCCAGUCAUGAGACAAGAGACUUUCAGUUCUUGUAUGGCAUUUUCCUCCUUGUUGCAUGUCAGAACGAAACUGUAAACUGGAGGGAAUUAAAUUUCAUGUCCAUUGCUUUUAACAGUCUUAUUUUGACAAAUCCCUGCUCAGCCACUGCCUUUUGCACAUGUUAACUUGCACACAAAAACUUGAAACAGUGUUACUUUGAAUAGUAAGAUGGCAGUGAUUGCAGUGUCAUGCAUGACAUGAAUUUCAAACCAGUCUCUGAAUUUAAGCCAAAUUCAGUUCAAGUUAAACAUACUGUAAAUAUAGUCUCCAUAUUUGUAGUUUUUUGUGAACAUAUGGACCAAACCAUCCUAACUCUGCCUUAUAGAUGACUGCUAGUAAGUAAAAAUGCCUUAAAUCCACUGCAAAGCAGAGGAUAUUCAGUACGUAUUGUACAAUAUAACAUCUGUUGAAUGUACUUUGCAAUGACUCACUGAAAAGGUGACAUUUUUUCACACUGGGUGUUUUUAUUUUUCUCUCUUUUUUUUGUAUUUUGUCACAAAGCCACCUGUUUUAUGUAUAUUCCUCUCUGUCAUUUUCACUGGUUUCCCUGGAUGUGUUAGUGCAGCAUUAUUAUGCAGCCAUGGUACUUGGUCUAGACUGAAUUUCAAGCAUGUCUCUAGAUUAUUAACUAAGAGCAGGUUAGGUUGCUUUAACCCAUUGUCCCACAGUUUCCUUUUAAUGUUGCUCCAUUGUAUAAAACUCCAGUAUGGUUAUGUUUUAGUUGUCUUUUUUAUGAUUAAAUUAUUCAUGUUUGUAAAAGUUUGUAUAUGAAUUCCAAACAACUGUAUAUUUCAUGUAAAAUAAACAUUUAAUAAAAGUGUUUUGCAAUCAUUGCAUUA